UGGAACACACCAGUCACAUGACCCGUAUUUUCUCUGCUCGUCCAUUUGUCACAGGAAGCUGUAUACAUGUGUUGACAAGAUCGUCAUGGUACAUGUGGUGACGUGUGACGUUGUCGUAGUCGUGCUGAUGCUGUUGUGGUCCUUAUCGGAUUGUCAAAAUUCAGCAAAUGAAUUGGCUCCACUGGAUGUUAGAACAUCAUCAACGGAUUAUCCAACACUCGUUAACGACACCACCUUGAACGUGACCCUGCAGAUAGCGGAUACCCAUGGCAGUGUCCUUGGAAGAGCUUCUCUUCCAUUUGGAAUGGCUGUCAAACUCAAGAUAGAAUCUAGUAACAUUAACAAAACAUUUGUAGCGGUUCCUGUCCAGUGCCAUCUUGUUUCUGUCAACUCAAAACGGAGGUACGCCAUUUUGAAAAACGGCUGUGGUGACGGCAUUGUUAUGUCUAAAACAGACGGAUUCGCCAUCUACAAUGGAACCGGUUUCAGUUCAGCAUUCAGGGCUCUGGAUUUUUCUACCAACAAUCGGAUUAAGUUCUCAUGUAAUGUUGUGUUUAGGAAAUAUGUUGAUACCAUCACGACUUGUAAUAAUAGUUCAUCCGCUGCACUGACAACUAGCGGCCGUGUUGAACAUUUUCGAGACGUCAACGCGAAAAUACAAUAUAUGAUAAAGGGGAAUAACUCUGGAAUGUUCACCUUUGUGGAGACGAGAGUUGUAGGACUUACCUUUGCUGAACAACUAAUUGCGUCCAAACUAAAGCGUGGAGAUCUCGCCCUGUCUCAGAAUGGCACAACGUCGCCAACAGACGUAAAAUACCAGGAUGACUCUCUUCAUGCCCGCAGACUCAUUUUCAUCCUGGCUUUUUGUGGAUUUUACCUCUUCAUACUUGCUGUGUUCAUUUCAAUACAGAUUGAUCGCAACAAACUCGAAAGCAUGCGUAAACCAAUACUGUAAUACAUCCAUCAAUGUUUCAAUGUUUUCAUGGGCGUCGUAAGUUCGUAAGUGUAGGGUGGGCGUGGGGGGACUGCCCCGAAGUGAAGAUUAUAUGUUUUUCCUUCUGGUUGAAAGGUCAAUGAAUACAUAACUACCCUCCCCUCGGUGUUGCUGGCUAUCUUGCAAAACCUGUUGUUUCGGUUUCUUCUAUGUUGGUUUACGGUUUUGUCAAUAAAUAGCUUUAAGCUUCGUUUUCUA